AAGAGAAGUAGUAGUAGUAGAGAGAGAGAGAGAAGGGUGUGUGUGUGUGUGUGUGUGUUUGUCGAUAUUAUUAAUUAUAUAUAAAUAGACAAAGAAAGAAAAGAGAGCUAUAAAUGGAAGAAAGAAGUGAUACAAGUGUUAUUAUAUUAUAGGAUAUAAACAAUACACUUUGGCCUUGUUUAGGAACAAGGGUUUUCCGAAAGCUGAUCUCCUUAACUGCCCGGAGUAGGAACCCCAAAAGAGAGGUUAUUAAUUAAUUAAUUAAUUAAACAAAAUGGGGAGAGGGAAGAUAGAGAUAAAGAGGAUUGAGAACACAACAAAUCGACAAGUGACAUUCUGCAAGAGAAGAAAUGGACUGUUAAAGAAAGCUUAUGAGUUAUCUGUUCUCUGUGAUGCUGAGGUUGCCCUCAUUGUCUUCUCCAGUCGUGGUCGUCUCUAUGAGUACUCCAACAACAACAUAAGAUCAACCAUAGAAAGGUACAAGAAGGCAUGUUCAGAUAGCACAGGUGCAACUUCUAUUACAGAGAUAAAUGCCCAGUACUACCAACAAGAAUCGGCAAAACUGAGACAACAGAUACAAAUGCUGCAGAAUUCCAAUAGGCACUUGAUGGGAGAUUCUUUAAGUUCACUUUCUGUGAAAGAACUAAAACAGCUAGAGACUAGACUCGAAAGAGGAAUCACCAGAAUCAGGUCCAAGAAGCAUGAAAUGUUACUGGCAGAUAUUGAGUACCUGCAGAAAAGGGAAAUGGACUUGGAAAACGAAAACAUUUGUCUUCGAAGUAAGAUAUCAGAGAUUGAAAGGAUUCAUCAAGCCAACAAUAUGGUAUCUGGGUCAGAGUUCAAUGCUAUUCAGGCAUUAGCUUCUUCACGCAAUUUCUUUAAUCCUAAUCUUAUUGAGGCUGCUGGAACUUCCUUCUCUCAUCACCAGGAGAAGAAAAUGCUCCAUCUUGGGUGAUAUAUAUGAACAAGUGGAAAUUAAGGGAACUUGUGAAAGAAAGGUAUCAACAUUACUAUAUAAAAUAAAGGUUACUACUCUAUGAACAAUUGAAUUUUAUGUGUAAGAAUAUUAUUCUAAGUUAGCUUGAGAGACUUUGUUUAACUAAAAGCAAAGGUUUGGAUGCAGAUGAUGGAAUUAUUGUGAUUGUAAUGAUGACUUGAAUAUAUAUAUUUAUAUAUGUGUGUGUAUUUAUGUGGUA